AUUAUGAUUCACCCUGUAUAUAGGUCGAGCUUUAAUGGAAUUUCCAGUAUUCGCUAAAGCAAUCCAAAAAUGCGAUACUGUUUUGAAACCUUAUGAUGUAUUUGUCACAGAUAUUUUAAUAAAUAAAGACAAAUAUAUUCUCAAUAACGUAAUCAACUUAUUUGUAGGCCUUAUUGGAUUACAGAUCGGAAUAGUUGAUCUCUUAAUAAGUAUUGGUAUCACUCCUGAUAUUAUAAUGGGUCAUUCUAUUGGUGAAUUGGUUUGUGGAUAUGCCGAUGGAUGUUUGACGGCCGAAGAAACCAUCAUGAUGGCUUAUUAUGUAGGUUUAGCAUUUCUUAAGUCAAAAAUAAUAGAUGGCUUGAUGGCUGAAAUUAAUUUAGAUUUUAAAACUAUGAAAAAUAUGUGUCCAUCGGAUAUCGAUAUAGUUUGUUACAAUAGUUCGCAUAAUUAUAUUGUGAGUGGACCAACAAGCUCUAUAAGAGCAUUCCUCGCUAAGCUACAGAAUGACAACGUUUCUGUAAAAGAAAUUUCCUGUGGACAUGUACCUUUUCAUAGUCGUUACGUCGAGCCUGCAAGAGUUAAACUUUUGGAAUACUUGAAUCAGAUAUUGCCACAGAAAAUCUCUCCGAGCUCAAAGUGGUUGAACAUGUUGAAUAAAUCUUAUGAAUGGUUCAGCACAUCUUCAAAUACCUCGUAUCUAGCAAAAUAUUAUACAAAUAAUCUGUUAACCCCGGUAGUAUUUUCAGAAGCUGUGCGUUUUAUUCCAAACGACGCGGUGACGAUUGAGAUAGCGCCGCAUGACAUUUUACAAUACAUUCUUAACGAUUCAUUAAAGGCAUCUGUGACAAAUGUCGCGUUAUACAAAUUCUCUCACAAAUCCGACGUUGAAAUAUUCUUACAUGGAAUUGGAAAACUUUAUAAUGCAGGAUUACAGCUGCAAAUCGCAAAUUUAUAUCCGGAAGUUAAGUUCCCUGUGAGUCGUAAUACACCGAUGAUUUCUCAUCUUAUAAGAUGGGAUCAUUCCGAAGAUUGGUAUGCAUACCGUUAUAUUGCACAAAGAAAACUUGACAUUGGGGAAGCAAUUGUUACCAUUAAUUUAUUAGAUGAUGAAUUUACAUAUAUGACCGGGCAUGUCGUUAAUAGAAAAAAUUUAUUACCGGCUACAGGAUAUCUUUUCCUGAUAUGGCAAAUGAUCGGCUGGUUGAAAAAGCGAAAUCAUCUCGAUAUACCAAUUGUAUUUGAAAAUGUCAAUUUCCUACGUUCUACAGUUCUGUCGAAGCAAAAUCUAGUCAAUUUAACUCUUAUGAUCCAAAAGGAUAGUUGCAAAUUUGAAAUAAUCGAAGGGGACAGUCCUGUCGUCACUGGAACAGUACGAAUUCCAAUCAAUAUUGAAGACGAAAAAAUAUGUAGCACAUUUGUUGAUCGAAAUGACAAUGACAAAGAGGAGAUGAAUAUAAAAGAUAUUUACAAAGAAUUGAAACUUCGUGGUUAUCAAUAUACCAACGAAUUUCGUGGAUUAAGAAGCGCGUCAAUCACAGGAAAGAAUGGUCAUAUUGCCUGGACUGACAAUUGGGUAACGUUUAUGGACAAUAUAUUACAGAUGAUGAUUUUAGGGCAGGAUUCGAGAAGCCUUUUUGUACCAACAAAAAUUCGUAAAGCGGUAAUCGAUCCAAAAUCUCACAUAAAAUAUAUUGAAAAACUUUCAAAUAAAAAAAAACAAGUCCUUGUACAAAAUUAUAAGCACUUAGAUGUUUUGAUAUCUGGAGGAAUAGAAAUACAUGGUCUCGUAGCUACAGCUAUAUCUCGUCGACAAAAUGUAGCCAACCCCGUUUUUGAAGAGUACAAGUUUGUUGCUCAUCGAGAUUUGAAUAUGACAUCUUUGCAAGAUGCAAUAAGAAUGUCGGUGCACGUUGCACUUGAGUGCCAUAACAUGAUAAACGUAAAAAUCAUUGAAUUUAUCGAAAGUAGCGACGAAGUGAUGCCGGAGAAUUUAAAUUCUUUACAUGUUUAUAAAAUUUUAGACGACUUACCGCAAAUUUGUUACAAUAUCAAAAUAGUAACGAGUAACGAACGAUUCAAAGAUAUUUCUUUGCCCGACAAUAUUUCUACGAUGGAAUUUGAUAAACUGACGAAAAAUGAAAAUUGUUUGAUGAUUAUAGGUUUCGGAAUUUUAACAAAAAAUAGAAACGAUUUAUACGAACAAUUGUUGUCUGCCAUAAUGCCAAGAGGAUUUCUUCUGACAUUGGAAGAGUUAGAUGCUAUUUACGAUUACUCAUGUCUGGACAAAUAUGGAUUAAAAGUAAUUUUGGAAAAACGCACCAAUGAUAAGACAAUUAUAUUAUUAAGAAAAAUACAAGAUUUUAAGACGAAUCAGCAGAUUGUGCAUGUAAAUAAUUACGAAUUUUCGUGGAUAAAUGAGAUUAAAUCAUUCAUGAACGUGGAAAAUGACAACAUAAAUACGAGGAUUAUAAUCGUCGCAGAAGGGGACUUCGAAUGCGGUCUACUCGGCCUUGUCAAUUGUUUGCGAAAAGAACCGGGUGGUGAAAUGAUUAGAAGUGUAUUUAUUCAAGAUGGAGAUGCGCCUGCUUUUUCAUUGCAAGAAUCGUUAUAUAUGAGGCAGCUACAACUGGAUUUACCCAUCAAUGUUAUACGUUCCGGCAUUUGGGGAUCCUACAGACAUUUUCCAUUAUCAUUAUUAGAACCAAAACUCGUACAGAAUGCUUAUGUUUCUCAAAUGGUGCGAGGUGAUCUGAGUACUCUUUGUUGGAUGCAAAGUAGGAUAUCUUUCGUUAACAAUAAUAAAGAAAAUCUAGUAAGAGUAGUUUAUGCAUCUAUCAAUUUUAGAGAUGUCAUGAUAGCUAGCGGUAGACUCGCCAUUGAAUCUAUUACAACCGAACGAAAUAAUAAUUCUUUAAUUGGAAUGGAAUUUGCUGGUUUUAAUAAAACUGGGCAAAGAAUAAUGGGAUUAUGUUCAACAGGAGGAAUGACAAAUAUUCUCAUAACUGACAAAUAUCUUAGUUGGAUCAUACCUGACAUGUGGACGAUGGAAGACGCUGCGACGGUUCCUUGUGUAUAUGGCACGUGUUAUUACGCUUUGUAUUUGAAUGGUAAAAUGAAAAAAGACGACAAAAUAUUGAUUCACUCUGGUACGGGAGGUGUUGGUCAAGCUGCCAUUUAUCUUGCCCUUUACGAGGGUUGCGAAGUGUUUACGACGGUUGGGAGUAUCGAAAAACGAGACUUUAUAAGAAAAACGUUUCCUUCUAUUCCCGAGGAUCACAUUGGAAACUCUCGUGAUACGAGCUUCGAACAAAUGAUUAUUCAGGGAACAAAAGGUCGCGGAGUGAAUAUCGUAUUAAAUUCUUUAGCUGAAGAGAAACUACAAGCGUCCGUCCGUUGCUUAGCAAAGGGUGGUCGUUUUCUCGAGAUUGGAAAGUUUGAUAUGGUCUCCAAUAAUCCUCUAGAAAUAUUUGCAUUUUCAAAAGGUAUUAGUUUUCAUGGCAUCUUAUUGGAUAAGUUAUUUUCUGCAGAACCAGAGAGUAAGGCAAUACUACGGAACAAGUUAAUGGAAGGCUUAAAGAAUGGCGCCAUCAAACCGUUAUGCAGAAAAGUUUUUGAAAAGCAUGAAAUAGAAACUGCUUUUAGAUAUAUGGCUGCUGGAAAGCAUAUUGGAAAGAUAAUGAUAAAAGUUCAAAAAGAAGUUGAACUGGAAGCACCUAUACUUGCACAUCCCCGGUAUUAUUGCCUGGAACACAAAUGCUACAUCGUUAUAGGUGGUCUAGGUGGCUUCGGUCUAGAAUUAAUUGAUUGGUUAAUUUUACGUGGCGCAAGAAAUUUAGUAUUAACUUCGCGAACUGGGAUAAAAAAUGGUUAUCAGCAAUCAAGAAUAACGUUAUGGCAAUCUUACGGUGUGAAUGUUCAAAUCGUUACAUCUGCUGAUAUUUCGAAAUACGAAGACUGUAAAUCUAUAUUGCAAUUUGCCGAAGAACAAGGUCCCGUGGAUGCUAUAUUCAAUCUCGCAGUUGUGUUGAAAGAUGACAUAUUCAAGAAUCAGUCCCCACAAGCAUUCGAAGAUUCUUUUAUAUCAAAGGCAUGGACGACGAAAAGGAUGGACGAAUUAUCAAGAACAAUUUGUCUUCAGCUCCGACAUUUUGUUGUUUUUUCUUCCGUUUCAUGUGGAAGAGGUAACGCGGGCCAAACAAAUUAUGGAAUGGCAAAUUCCGUAAUGGAAAGAAUUUGUGAAAGAAGAAUGAAAGAAGGUUUACAUGGUUUGGCUAUACAGUGGGGCGCGAUUGGUGACGUAGGACUUGUCGCAGAUAUGCAAGAAGAUGACAAAGAACUUGUUAUUGGUGGUACAUUGCUACAAGAAAUAUCCUCCUGCUUGGACACAUUAGAAGCGUUCUUGCUACAAGAUCGGUCAAUUGUAAGCAGCAUGGUUGUUGCUGAGAAAAAAAAAGAUUCUGGCGAAGCAACAAAUCCAUUUGAAGCGGUUGUAAACAUUUUGGGAUUGAAGAAUCCAAACAUGGCGGCACCAAACAUGUCACUGGCUGAACUAGGCAUGGAUUCAAUGAUGGCAGUUGAGAUUAAACAGAGAUUGGAGACAGAAUUCGAUAUUUUAUUGACGGCACAAGAUAUUCGAAAUCUCACUUUUGCAAAACUUAGAAAAUUGACAAAUACAUCUGAACAAGGAAAGAUAUAUCGAAAAGAUGAAACCGAAGCUAAUGUAAAUAGUUUGGACGGUUUAAAAACAUUGACUCGAAAACUUAACGAUUCAGACUUGAGUCCAGACAUUUAUGUUAAACUCGAUACAGAGAGGAAAGUUGCUGGGAGUGAAAUAUUCCUUAUACCAGGAAUCGACGGGUGUGCAAGUGUAUAUAAACUGAUAGGAUCGAAAAUUAAAUCUUCGGCGAUAUGUUUGCAACAUGGUGUACUUAAUAUGCCGGGUGUUACUCGUUCAGUAAUGAAAUCAGCAGCAUAUCUUCUACCUCACGUAUUGGAGAAAAUACAAAGUCGAAAAGAAUUUAUAAUUAUCGGUUAUUCAUUUGGAUCUUUAAUUGCCAUUGAAUUAGCGAGAUUAUUAGAAGCUGAGAAUUUCUCCGGACGUUUAAUACUUAUAGAUGGAGCUCCUGAUCAAAUAAAAUUCUUGCUUAAGAAAUCUUUAUCUCAUACUACAGAACAAGAGUUACAAAAUGAUGUUUUACUUUUUUUAAUCCAAUUGUAUCUUAACUCUAAUAUUGAAACGUUUAAAUUAGAACUAAAUAAGUGCAAUACGUGGGAAGAGAAAUUAGAACUAUUUACUGCAAGCUUUUCGAAGGAUAUCAAUGAAUUAACUGUUGAAAAUCAGAAAUUGUUAUGGUCGACGAUAUAUGAUCAUAUAAUCGCUAUACAAGAUUAUAAUAUAACAUCAUUGCCACGUCUUAAAUCAUCUAUAACCUUAUUAAAACCCACACUUGCGUCUACUUUUACUGAAGAAGAUUAUGGUGUACAUAAGGUUACCGAAAGUGCAGUACAAAUACAUUAUGUGGAAGGUACUCAUAUCACAAUAAUGGACAAUGACAAAGUAGUAUCACUUAUUAACGAAGCAUUGUAAAUUAUAAAAAUAUGAAUAAGAAGAGAGAACUGUACCCGUUUUCUCUGUAAUGAUUCUAUCUAGUAAUAAAAAGAAAUAAAGAUAAACCUGAACCAAUAACAAACAAUAAUAUUGCUAUU